UGUCACAAGGCCGAAAAAACGCUCCAGUAAAGUCAACAAUAGACAAAGUGGUUCAUAAAUAUGGACAGCAACAAUGUCACACAUGUAGCGUGUGGUCAUCGGCAUCCUUACUGUGACCCAGACAAUGGGACCCCCACGCUAGCAUUAAGUUUCCUGUCUUGAUCAAGUGAAGACGUACUGCUCGGCGCUGCUGAAUCCUGGCGUGACCCGUUGUUGGUAACCAAAGUAACCUCAUUUGUCAUCCAAGCAGUCGCGUCUCAGGGAGUUUCUAAGCAGUGACAUUUGUGAGCUCAGGCAAGAAAGAAGUUGCCUGAGCAGUGCCAGCCGUGUGCUCAGUCAAGAAGGAAAUUUUCUUCAUCUGUGUGCUCAAGGAACAGGGUAGGGCAAGGCUGGGUGUAAGAACAGACAUUCACGAUGAACUGCUCAAUGAACAUAGACCACUACUCGGACAAUACUACGUAUGUGUCCUAUCCACUCGUCGUCUAUGGCGUCGUUCAUUAUUACAUUGUUUUCGUCCUAGGCACCAUCGCGAACGGUGUUGCGUUGUGGUGCAUAUCGAAGUGUACGAAAACCAACGCGGCCAUGAAACUGCUGAUGAUGAGCAUCUUCGCUGCUCUUCUCGUGAUCUGCUUGAUAACCCGACCCGUGAUGGCCGAGAGGCUGAUGGGGAGUUUGUACUGUGACAUGACGAGGCCCGACCUGAGGGUCCUUCUUGGUUUCGCUAUUCUCUACUCGUUCUGCGCUCAGUUCGAACUCGCUGCCAUCGCGGUCGUGGCGGUGUGCAGGACUGUUGCGGUGUGGGCGUCCAGUGCUCAUGUACUGCCUCUGAAAGUAGCUGUAGGCGCAGUGGUCGGGAUCUUCAUCUAUUCCUUUGCAACAGCAGUUUUCUUGCUAGGACCCAUGAUGGCCCGUUACAUCAAAGACCCAGAGAUUGAAAACGUGGUCAACGGUGUCUAUUUCUUCCUUAAUACGUUUGUGCCCAUCAUCACGACCAUGUCCUGUUACGUGGCCAUGAUCAUUGCGAUGCGGCGCAACGGGCGGCGGAUGGCCAAGGUGCAGUCCAGCCACUCCAGAGUCGUCAACAACGCCACCCGAGGAAUGCUCGCUGUGUUCGUGUCCAACCUUCUCUUCGGUCUUCCUCAUUCCGUCUACCACAUGUUGCCUCGUCCACCCCAGUCCUUCGACAUCAUCUUCCAUAUCCUCUUCUCCACGCACUUCGUCGUCGAUCCAUUUGUAUUCAUAUACUUCCAUCACAGUUUCCGUCGCCGCGUAGGCGAGCGCUUGUGGGCGGCGUGGGUGUGGGUGGUCGGAAUGUUCGGCGCCCCUGCCCCCAAGACGCCCACGCCCCUCACCACCAGCACCACGACCUCGACUGUCGGGAAGGAAACCCUCCAUAGGAAGGACCAACUCGCAGAACAAAAUGUCUAAAUGACUGAGGCUUCUCGCUUAUCUCGCGAGGAAGUGAAUAUUUUACCCUUUGUUUCUGGCUCUCUGUUAUACACGGGAGGCUCUCGCUUUGGGGAUUCAUGGGGAUUACCCGGAGAUGUUUGUGUGCGUGGAAAGUGGCGCACAUUGCGAAAUCCCUGCAUCCUGUGCGAGAACAAGUAUUUGCUUGGUAAUAGCGAGUUCAUAUCCGAACUAAAUUGUGUGUGCAUUACGUAUAUGCAGUACACUUUUAACAUUAAAGUGUUAGCUGUUAUUUUUAUAACGUUCAUUGUUAACCCAUUGUUGGCAGUAUGUACAGAACCAUUUAUUUUGUUCUGUUAUAUUCACAGAUAUAUCUAUCCAGUUCUGGUCAUGUGUUCACUUUACUUUCACAAACUUAAAGGAGCUACAUACGCCUUAAAAGUCCUGGUAAAUACUCAAUCUAUCUCUCUUUAUUUAACGACGUUCUUUAUCCGUUGCUGUAUCGAUUCGCAUUCCAAAAUAUUAGUCCAAAAAGCAGUGACGCCACAGUGCUCUUAAUCGUUAGGAAAUGUGAAUAUAGAUAACAAGCGUACAAGCGGAAUCCGUAUUGAGAAGCCAUCUGCUAAUUGCAAAAUUGACGUGGAAAAAGCUUUACACGGCAAAAUGUGGUUGCUUGUUCGUCCAAAUGACAUAUAUAUGUCGUGGUUAAUCAUUGAGAAAUUCGGGGAAAUCAGUUAGGCGAAUGACCUCUCGCUUGGCAAAAGUGGUAAAUAUACCAUGACAUAUUUUCCUGAUAUUUAGGCAAAUAAUGAUAUUACGCCUUAUAAAUUUAGCAUUCUCCUGCAAAUGGAAAAUGAAAAAUGCUUUGAAACAUAACUUUAGCUUAAUGUAAUAUACACAUUAGUUACAAUGAACGUCACAUUCAACUCAGCAAAAAGUGCUAUUGAAGCUUUUGAUAUUCUGAAUAUAUGAAAUUUCACAUCUUUAUUAAGAGGAUUUUUUUCUAUCUCUAUCUAUCUAUCUUUUAGUUAUGUUAUGUUUUAGUUAUCAAUACCAAAGUAAACAUUCCUCUUGAUAUUACCUAUGUAUCAAACAUAUCGAUGCAGAUCUCGAGGUUUCGAAUACUGCACUUUGUAUAUAAAUGAUCAAAUAGGACUGAUUAUC